AUGGAGACGAGCAAGACGAAGCUCGGAGCAGACCAUCCAGAGACGCUGACCAGCAUGAACAACCUGGCUUUCACAUGGAAAUCACUUGGCCGGACUGUAAAAGCUAUAUGUCUGAUGCAGCAGUGUGUACAACGGUAUGAACAAGUGCUAGGAGCUAGUCACCCACACUACUUGUCUUCCCUGCUAGUCCUAGAGCAAUGGGAAGGAGAGCAGGCAGACAU